UUCACGGACGCGUCGACCGGAACGAUGGGAUGGCAAGUGCUGUUGUUUAUCUCGGUGCUCUCUCUCAGUGCGGUGUGCGGGCAGGUCAGCUACUCAAUUCCUGAGGAAAUGGCAAAGGGGGCUCUAAUAGGCAAUAUAGCCCAGGAUUUAGGUUUGGGUGUGGAAAGACUGAAGUCCGGUAAAGCUCGUAUUUAUACUGGCAACACUGAAGAAUAUAUUGAGCUGAAGAGAGAAAGAGGAGUCCUCCUUAUCAAAGACAGAAUAGACAGAGAAUCGCUCUGCGGUCAAACAAUGCCCUGUGCGCUCCAUUUUCAGAUGAUCCUGGAAAACCCCAUGGAGUUCUACACGGUGACCGUCGAAAUUAUCGACAUAAACGACAACCCUCCCACAUUUGAGAGAGGUGAGAUGAAAUAUGAAAUUAGCGAAUCGGCUCUCACUGGAGCUCGAUUCGUCUUGGAGAAAGCCGUAGAUGAUGACGUUGGUGUCAACGGCUUGAACAGCUACGCCCUAAAACCAAGUGAUAAUUUCGCAUUGAAAACCAUCAGCCGAGGAGAGGGGACUAAACAUAUCGAGAUGGUUUUACAGAAACCACUGGACCGAGAAAAACAUGAGCAUAUAUCACUAAUACUAACAGCCGUGGAUGGUGGUGAACCACAGCUCUCGGGGACGAUGCAGAUUCUCAUAACGGUGUUAGACGUAAAUGAUAAUCCUCCCGUGUGUUCAAAACCGGAAUACAAAGCAAGUGUGACAGAGAACGCUCCUAUUGGCACUGUAAUAACUACCGUAAGGGCUACUGACCUAGAUAAAGGCAAUAACGGAAAAGUGACAUACAUGAUUUCAAAAUCAGGAGCAGCAAGUCUCUUUAAAGUUGAUGCAGAUAAUGGAGUAUUGACCUUAGCUGGAAAUGUAGAUUAUGAAAAAAGGAGACUUUACGAGUUAGAUGUUCAGGUGUCAGAUCAGGGAGGAUUAUCCGAUGCAUGUAAAGUAAUUAUAGACGUGACAGAUACAAAUGAUAACCCCCCAUCCAUUAACAUCAUGUCGAUUUCAAACACUGUAUCUGAGAACAUGAAACCGGGGACGGUUGUUACAAUGCUUAAUAUACAAGAUCCAGACGCAAAUGAAAACGGCAAAGUCAUGUGUGUUUUAAACGAAAAUAUUCCAUUUGCCAUUAAGUCAACAACAAACAAUUUCUUUACCAUUGUCACAGACGGUGAUUUAGACAGAGAGAGAGCCUCUGAGUACAAUAUCACGGUGACCUGCUCUGAUGAGGGAGUGCCCUCCCUCUCCAGCAGCGUCACUCUCACCUUACAGAUCUCUGAUGUGAAUGACAACGCGCCUGUCUUUGAGAGGAGCUCAUAUGAGGCCUACAUUGUAGAAAACAACACACCGGGCCUCUCUGUGUUCACCGUGAAAGCCAGAGACGCUGACUGGAACCAGAAUGCCCGCGUUUCUUACAUACUGGAGGACUCCUCUGUUAACGGAGUGCCAGUCUCCUCGUACGUGUCCGUUAGUGCUGAUAGUGGAGUCAUCCACGCAGUGCGCUCGUUUGACUACGAGCAGAUCAAAGAUUUCCACUUCCGCGUCAAAGCGCAGGAUGGAGGUUCUCCUCCACUCAGUAGCAAUGUGACUGUGAAAAUACUGAUCCAGGACCAGAACGACAACCCCCCUCAGGUUCUGUACCCAGUCCAGACCGGGGGCUCUCUGGUGGCUGAAAUGGUGCCUCGUUCAGCAGAUGUGGGCUAUCUGGUGACUAAAGUGGUGGCUGUCGAUGUGGACUCUGGACAGAAUGCCUGGCUCUCCUAUAAACUGCAGAAAGCCACAGACAGGGCGCUGUUUGAAGUGGGCUUACAGAAUGGAGAAAUCAGAACAAUCCGCCAAGUCAAUGAUAAAGAUGCUGUGAAACAGAGACUGACUGUUAUAGUGGAGGACAACGGGCAGCCCUCUCGUUCAGCUACAGUCGUUGUGAACGUGGCGGUGGCGGACAGCUUCCCUGAAGUGCUGUCGGAGUUCACUGACUUUCCGCACGACAAGGAGUACAAUGACAACCUGACUUUUUACUUGGUGUUGGCUCUGGCUGUGGUUUCCUUCCUCUUCAUCACGUGUUUAGUGGUUAUUAUAUCGGUGAAAAUCUACAGAUGGAGACAGUCUCGCAUCCUGUAUCACUCCAGUCUCCCCGUGAUUCCGUAUUAUCCACCACGUUACUCAGACACUUUGGGGACGGGGACUCUCCAACACGUGUACAACUACGAGGUGUGCAGGACGACUGACUCCAGAAAGAGUGACUGUAAGUUCGGCAGAGCUGGUAGUCAGAACGUGUUGAUAAUGGACCCCAGUUCUACAGGGACGAUGCAGCGGCUGCAGAGUGAAAAGAGCAUCCUGGAUGAACCAGACUCUCCUCUAGAGGUUAGACUAAAUUAUAAUGUUUCACUGUUAAACACAACUGUUGUUCUUUAA